UCUACUGAUGCUCUAGUUAAAGAGAGUGAUGUCUUCUUGAUGUUUGUUUUAGACGUUGAACCUCCGUGCCGUCCUACGAACCUGGCGCCGCAGCAGCCUUAUUACCGGGAAUAAUUGGAUGCCCGGAGUAAACCACGAGAUCUGGCUGGGCUCAUAAUAUCUAGGCCGGGGUUUCAAGAUCUCUUGCUUGUAACCCCUUUUCGCUCCUAUAGUCCUGUUUGUCACCCCUCCUCCAGUUCGAUCUUUUCCCCCUUGUAAUUCCUCGAUGAGGAAGCUGCACACGGAAUCGUCCUGGUGGCUCGGGCGCGUGGGGCUAGCGAGGGGGAGCGGCCGGAAGAAGGGAGCGGCGGCCAAGGAGCCGGAGAGGGCCGCCGCCAUCGGGGUGCUGGCCUUCGAGGUGGCGAGCCUCAUGUCCAAGGCCGUCGCCCUCUGGCACUCCCUGGGCGACGAGCAGAUCAUCCGCCUGCGCGACGAGGUCCUGCAUCUGGAGGGCGUCCGGAAGCUUGUCUCCGACGACGACGAUUUGCUUCUGGGUCUGGCGCUCGCCGAGAUGAUGGACUCCCUCGCCUCCCUGUCGCGCUCCGUUGCGAGGCUCGGCAAGCGCUGCGCCGACCCCGUGCUCCAGCGGUUCGAGCACCUCUUCGCGGAUCUGGUCAAGAACGGCGUCGAUCUGCACGGGAUCCGGUACGCCGGGAAGAAGAUGGAGCGGAAGGCCACGAAGAUGGAACGGUUGGUGGCCGCCAGCUCGGACCUCUACCAGGAGCUGGAGGUGCUGGGGGAGCUGGAGCAGGCGCUGAGGAGGAUGCUGGCGGGCGCCGACCCGGGCCGUCGCGGCGGCCUCAUCGAGUUCAAGCAGAAGGUCAUCAGGCAGAGGCAGCAUGUGAAGUAUCUCCGGGAGGCCUCGCUGUGGAAUCGGACCUACGACUAUGCCGUCCGCCUGCUGGCGCGAUCCCUCUUCACCAUCGUCGCAAGGGUCGAGCACGCCUUCGGCUUCCAGCAGAAGGCAGCUGCUGACGCGACUGGCGGCGACCAGAAGGCGACCGUGACCCUCCUUUCUCGCAGCCACUCCAUCGCCGGGCUGACGCACUCGUCGGUCCAUCCAUCCGGGGGUGAUAGAAUUCGCAGGUUUCCUUCUGGUCCUCUUGCGAGUCCUCGUACGAGAUCGGGGCCGAUCGCUGUUGCUGACAGAGCGAGUGGCAGGCAGUGUCUACCCCACGGCGGCUUGACUCCCGCUGCAAAGCGCCAGAAUUCAAAAACCAGGUGGCCGGUCACCGGAAGACCUUUCAGCGGGUGCAUGGUCGGUGGAUUUGAGUCCCCUGUUCUGCAGAGCUGCAUCCCCUUGGACAGUGGUUUCCGAAGGUCAAGUGUGGCGGCAUCGAGGAUUGCCAGUCGAGCCGAAGGUGUGAAACCAGAGGUCCGCUUCCAAGGCAACAUUUUUAAUAUGAACGCAUUCCUAUCUAUGCUCGAAUCCAGGCAGAAGCUACUGAAUGCUCCGGAGUCGACCCUCGGUGCUGCUGCUCUAGCUCUGCAUUACGCCAAUGUGAUAAUCGUGAUCGAGAAGCUUGUGGCUUCUCCCCAUUUAAUUGGUCCAGAUGCAAGAGAUGACCUGUACAAUAUGUUACCAACCAGUGUAAGAGCAGCCCUGUGGGCGAGGCUGAAGUCCUAUGCAAAGAAUAUGGCUUCCUCAGUUUACGAUCCAGUUCUAGCAGCAGAGUGGAGUGAGGCGUUGACGCGGAUAUUGGACUGGCUCUCUCCGCUUGCUCAUAACAUGAUAAGGUGGCAGUCCGAGCGCAAUUUUGAGCACCAGCAUUUGGUUUCAAGCUCAAAUGUGCUCCUGCUACAGACUCUCUAUUUUGCAAAUCAGAUGAAAACAGAAGCUGCAAUAACGGAGCUACUUGUCGGUCUGAACUAUUUAUGGAGAUAUGGAAGAGAACUCGAUGCAAAAGCUAUACUGGAAUGUGUCAGCAGCAGAGACUUAGAUGAUCCUUUAGACUCAAAAGACUGAUAUAUAGCCUUUAGCCGUCGGUCUGAACUAUUUAUGGAGAUAUGGAAGAGAACUCAAUGCAAAAGCUAUGCUGGAAUUUGUCAGCAGCAGAGACUUAGAUGAUCCUUUGGACUCAAAGGACUGAUAUAUAGCCUUUAGCCGUUGGUCUGAACUAUUUAUGGAGAUAUGGAAGAGAACUCAAUGCAAAAGCUAUACUGGAAUGUGUCAGCAGCAGAGACUUAGAUGAUCCUUUGGACUCAAAGGACUGAUAUAUAGCCUUUAGCCAUACCUGAUUGUUACCGAUGCUGUUUGUUGGAUGGGGUAGAAUGCUGGUGACUUCCUUGCAUUCCAAGAUUUAUUUCUGAGAUAUACUUUUGGAAUUUUACAUUGUUCUAUCCUUUUCCAUCUUCCAAGGUAAAAAUUGACGAUAUCAAUUAAUGUAUGCUGAAGUUGGCCCUUUUGGCAUGUAUUAUAUGCAACUGAGCAAUGUUUUUACCCUUUUUAAGAGGUGUAAAUUCAUGGCAGAGUACUAAAACAUUUUGUAUACCUGUCAAGGAUCAUAAAUAUAAUAGAAAGUGACUAUUAUAUGAAAA